AUGCCGCCGCCGCACGGCGGGGGUGGAGCUGAUCUGCCCGGGGCGAGGACCAGCAACAACAACAGCGGCUUUCCGACGCCGGCGACGCAAAACCCGUUCGAGAACCAGGCGUUCAACACUGAAGCGUUUCACGCAGCAGGUGGCGCUGCUGCUGGCGGUGGCGCUGCUUCCCGCGGUGUGGCCGGUGGCUUGAUCGAGGCACCGGCGAGCACUAACUCAGGAGCUGGAGUAGUGGAAGACUUGUUUGGUGUAGGAGGCGGCGCAGGCCCGGGCGCUAUGGUGCCGUACGGCCAGCAGCAGCCUCUGGAAAGCCAUCCCCUGCACCUGCAUCAUCAUCAUCACGCAGCCCAUCAACAGCAGCACCCGACGUACCAGGGCGCUAUCGUUCCGUUCCAGCAGCAGCAGCAGCAGCAGGCUGGCGGCAGCGGAGGCACUUCGGUGACGGCAUCGAACCCGUUCGAUGACCUGCUGGGCGGUGUGUCCACUGCUGUCGGCACCGGGAGUGGUGCCGGAAUACUGCAGCAACAAUAUACACAGCAACCGCACCAGCAGCAGUGGCCUGGACAUCCAUUUGCCGGAUCGUUACAGCAGUACCCGCAGCAGCAACAUCAUCAUCAGCAGCAGCAGAGCUGGCUUGGCCAAGGGGGAGCGGCUCGGAAUGGCGAUGCUGCUGCUGAUGGUGGGCUACAACCGAUGCAGUCGCAGUAUCCGCCACAUCAACAGCAGCUCCAGAUCGCCCCCGUUCAGCAGCCGUUUCAGCAGCAGCAGCAGCUGCAGACGGUGGCUCCUGGCAACCCUUUCUUUGAUGCCGCGCAGGACCUCCCGCAGCAGCAACAGAAGGGUUGCUCGGCAGCGAGCGAAAGACGAAUCCGACAGGCUCCUGGUGCUAAUCUGUUUGGAGACGACCCGUUCGGUUCUGUCAACAGCGGGAGCAAGAUGAUGGGACACUAG